GAGGGGCGCCUGCUGCACCGCGUUGCGCCAAACGUGACUUCUAUCGCAACCUGCCGAAAAGAAAACUCCGUUUCUCUCUGCACUCGACGCUGUGCCAAGCGUCUUUCGUCGGGAGUCGAGCUCGCCCAGGUCGCCUUUGACCUUGACUCAGAGACGAUCACGACCAUAAUCGCGGCUGUGCUUGGGAUCGGCGCCGGCCUCGGUGUCCCAAUCUUUUUCGUAAUGCAGGAAGAGCGCGACAAAGAGCGUCUUGAAGAGAUUCGCGAAUUGAACCGAGCUACACUAAAAGCCACGGGGGAACAAAUGAGCGAGGAAGAGAUCAAUGAACUUCGCCCGUCUCGCUACCUCGAUCGUCGUGAGUUCAAGGAUGAUGAUUAAGGUUUUGUCACUCACAGGCAGUGACACCCACAAACGAGUGAUAACAGGACAAUAUCCGGUUCUAGAAGACACGAU